GAAAAACAAUAUCAAGCCCAUAAUCAACCUUGAUUGAAAAGAUUAGAACCGCCGUCCACCAACCCCGUAAAACAGAACAUAUUAAUACCAGCUCCAAUUCCGAUUAAUCACUUUUUCACAAUUGUCAUUCCGGAUUUUUUGCUCUCCGUCUCUCGCACUGUGUAUUCUCUUGCUACAGAUUCAUAUGAUCGAAAAAACCUUCAUCAUCGUUUCUCAAUUCCGCCAUGGCUACUGUUCGCUUCAAAUUCAGAAGCUCUGCUACGUUUGACUCUGUUAAUAUCGGUGAACAAUCAUCAAUCUCGAUUCGCGAUCUCAAAUCCAUAAUCGUCUUGAAGAAACACUUGAAUCUUUCUCAUCAUUUCGACCUCGUUUUCUCCGAUUUUGUCUCUGGCGAAGAGUAUAAGGAUGAAAGUGUUAGAAUUCCUACUGGUUCGAGUGUGAUUAUCAAGCGAGUACCUGCGAACUCAUCUCCGUUGAGAAUUUCGGAUAACCAAGCUGGAUGCUUUAGGGAUGCUGCAUCAGUUAACGUCAUUGAUCCUCCUUCACUGGAUACACCUCACACAAUCUUCUCUCCCAAUGGAAAUCCACUAUUGAACGAGAACGGGCAAAAGGAUAAUGCUGCCGAGAGAGGUACUCAGGAGGUACUAUUGAGAUGUCAAAAACUUGAAGGAGCCCAACAAUCGACUCCGAAAGAUUCUAGUGCAAAUGAGAGGAGUACACUGGUAAUGCCUAAACCCAAACUUGAAGAACAUAUGGAGUUGGAAAGAACUGCUCCUGUAAAACAUUUAAGCAUGGAGAACAGUGCAAUGCCAUUGGAGCUGAAAUGUUCACUUUGCAGAACCUUUUUCAAAGAGGCUGUCAUGAUACCAUGCUGUCAACACAGCUUCUGUGCAAAAUGUAUUCGUGUAGCAUUAUCUGAAUUAGGAAAAUGUCCUAUAUGUUCAUCGAAAAAAUGCAGACCAGAGGAUUUACUUCCAAAUGUUUCACUUAGGCAAGCAAUUGAACGUUUUCUUGAAUCCCAGCUCUUACUGAAUGGAUCAGAAAAUGAUCUUCAUAGAGAUGCACCAGAUGGGGAAUCUGGAAUUCAAGUUAAAGAAAUUUCUUCUGCUACAGCCAUCCCCCAGAGGCAUAUGCAGUUGAACCGAUGUACAACUUGGAACAGAUCAAACCAAACAAUGCAAAGCAAGUUUCCUGGGUAUACUCAUCUCGCUGAUCAGCAUAAUCAUGAGCCCCCAGAUGACUUCAGUGAAUUCCAAGGGGAAAAUGAGCCACAAAGUUUGGCUGGAACUAAUGAAGUAAAUUCUUGCUCCAAUAAAGGGGAGGUAUCUCGUGUUACUACCGGAGGUGGGGAAAGGAAUUUCUUUGCUCCUGGUCGACCAAAUAGAGGUCCUCGAACAUGUUAUAUGUGUGGGUCUUCAGAUCAUUUGAUUAGAGAUUGCCCAGGUCAUCCAAAUUCUAACUCAAGGCACUGGAAUGGUCUGGCCUCUCUUCCUGGGGCUGUUUCAGGUUAUCCACCAUUGUGUUGGCCUAAUAAUCCACCACAGGUGCCAUUUACGAAUAUGUAUAUGGGCCCUGGAAUGAUGUUCUAUAAUGCAAACACAGGUCCUAUUUCACCAUAUGCAUUUUCUUCCUGUGCUCCUUCUGCUUAUGGUGGAUAUUCUGUUUCUGGGCCCAAUGGAUAUAUUAAUAUGGGAAGCAUGGCAUUACAAGCUGGAAAUACUGCUCAGCAUCCAAGACAGGUAGAAUUUCUGGGGCCUCAGAACAAUGCAAACCUACAGAGAUAUUAUGAUGUAGCUUUGAAAAGAGAACAGAAUUUUCACAGAGACCAGAAUCCGAAUACCCCCCAUGAUUAUACAGAAAGAGGCUCAUUUCAAUCUGGUGACAGCUUUGGCAAGAGGUCUGAAGGAAAGCAUAGAAGUCGGGAUAAUUCAGAUGGUGAUAUAAACUCAAAUUGUAAUAGACAGAGGAAUACUGAUCAACGUUUGCAGUACGGGAAAGAUCUUUGGACAGUUCAGUCAGAUAGAUCAUCUCCAGAAAGAAAUGUGCUUGAUAGCAGGAUUCGUCGUAGAGAAGAUAAGCAUGAGAAGCUCCAUGGAACUGUUAGAAGAGACGAUGGGAAAGGAGUGCAUCAUGGUCCUGCUUCUAGUCAGAGACAUUAUCCUUUGAACAAAGAAACCAGCAAAAGGAGAAGAACGGAACACGACGAGAGAAAAUCUGACAGACAUUCUCACAGCCGCUCUAGGUCUAGCUUGGAGCGCAGCUACUCUGGUGAUGGUGCUAGGCAAAGGCAAAGGCGAGAAGUGUCCAGUCAUAGAUCCCGGUGUCCAAAUAAAACUGCAGUUUUCAAUGGUAAGGAAAUGCAUCAUGAUCGUGAGAAGAUUAAAUAUCCAGAUGAUUACAGGGAAUUUUGUCAGAGUAAUAAACGAAAAAGAUUUCAUUAGGGCUGGCAACACAUGUUUUCUGAGGUAAUAGUGUAUACAAAAGGAUGACAAAUUACAACCUUGAUCAUCUUUGAUUAGGUAAUUGUAUCAACAUAGUUUAUACAUUAGGUUAUUUUCAUGUUUCUCAUAAAAGUUGAAUUAAUCGUGAACCACACAGAUUUGAACAUGCAUCUUUCUGUGAGAGCUAAUAUUUGUUUGUUUGGCUUUUUUGACACAGAUCUAGUAGGGUGCUCGGCUUUGGACUUCUCAUGAUUAACCUUUAUUUAUACUUCUAACCCACUUCGUAUUCUUAGCUUGAAGUUGGAUGCUAAGAGAAUGAGUUAUAUCAAGAGGAUAAGUGCUUUCCACGUUAUAGCUUGCUUUGGAUGCUUUUUUUAGCAGACUCUCGUCUUUUCCAACACAAUUCAGAAGCUGUUCAAGGUAUGUUGAGGCUGUUUUGUGUUCAAUGCCUCAGACUUUAUGCUUCUCUCAGGAUAUUCCUAUCCUGAUGAGUAAUGUUCAGGACUUCAGGUAUGUAAUUUGACAAUUGGUUCGGUUCAGCUCCUCUCUUUUGAUCUACCCACUUCAAAGUCCUGUUUUGGGAGAACUGUUGACAGUUCUGUUACAUGUCAUUUCCUCAAUGUCAAGGGAAGAAAAAAAGGAUGAUUUCAAAUUAUGAUACAAUGGUUCUGGUUGGUAGUUUUUGGGCUAUUAUGCUUGCAAAUGUCUUAUUGAAGAAUAGAAGUAUAUGGUAUGGAAAUUAUUUUUUGGUGUGGGAUCUGGGAAUAAAAAUUUGCUGAAGAAAGGUAUUCAAAGUGUGGAUAGGGAGGAGGGAUGGAAAGUAGUACAUGCUUCAGGAGGGUGUUUAGGGACUUGAGGAAGGGAAUGGAUAUUUAUAAAAGAAAUUCUCAAGUCCAUGUUUAUUUACAAGGAAAAGGAAUAGGGAAGGAAUUUAAAUUAGGUAAAAGUCUCAAAGUCUUAACUAAACGUGUGACAUAACAAAGGAUGUGAUUUUUUUAGCCCCGAAGUCGAAUCUCAAGACUCGAUGAACUAUCUCACGAUUCCAUUUGUCAAACACCCUUUAAGGAAUAGGCGUGAUUUAUUUGACUCUGCUAAAUGCUAAUAGCUAAUAGCAGCGCUCUUGAGUCCUCAAUGGGAAGUUUCUCUUUGGUCAUUUUUCAUUUCUUGAAAGGUUCUCGUAGCUUAAUUAGCUAAUAGCCUUUGAAACAGUUAUAAGAGGAAGUCUCUGAUAAAGUGA